UUUUAGUAAAAUGGAGAAGAGGGGACCCAGGGCUACAUGUGCCUGCAGGUUUUAAAGCAUAUAACAACCAGUUCAUCUACACCAACCCUACAGAAGAAGGCAUCAAUGAGAUUUGUGUCCAGAUUAAUGAUAAUAAUAGCACCCAUUCAGAUCUCCUUUGACGAAAUUUAUAAACAAUGAGGAACCUUAGUGAGAGCUUUGGGCAUCAUACUGCAUAUUUUAGCUAUAUUAUCACAUUCUGCCAUAUGGAGGUUCAUAAACGAAUUGAUAAGAGCCCAAUACUCUAGCUAUUAUCUUUAA